AUGAAGAAGAAGAUGCGUGUACAAGUGAAAGACAACUCGCUAUCGAUAGAAACAAAAAUGGAAGAAGAGAUUCAUGUACAAGUGAAAGACAACUCGCCGUCGAUUGAGCGAAUCUUACGUCCAAUAUCGUAUAUCUCCUGGUUCCUGGGUGUCGGUGUUGCACGUCCACGAAAGUGUCUCAAGGCUAUAACGAUAAUCAUACGAUUUUAUGAUCUCGCCAGCAAAGUAAAUGAUAUUUACAGUCUUCAUCUUCUCUUCUGCUCGGCGAAUUCCUUCUCCAUGGCUGUUUCAUCAUUAUUUCAAUUAUUCGAUGUUUGGAACCUCAAAACUUCGCACUACUUGUUUUUAUCGCUACAGAUUUUUCUUUGCAUUGUGUUCGUCACAAAAUUCUAUUUGACCUGUUGGAUUUGUACGCUCACAUGUGAAGAAUCCGAUAACACUGGGAGAAUCAUAUACGAAAUUACAUUGAAAUACCAACCUGUAAAUAUUGAUAAACAUAAGGCGAGUAAUAUAUCGAGGCUAGAAGUGCGACCUCCACUGGAAAAUUUGGACGGCGAGCAAUGUUCCAAUUGGGGCAGCAGUGACAAUCUGAGUUACAUUGAUAUGGACAAUCUCUUGUGUAGAAAUCUCAAUUCAGAGUGUGUCCUAAAAGAGAUCAAUGAUUUCUCGAUUCAACUGCAGCAACAUCGAGUAACAUUUACGGCCUGUAAUUUCUUCGAAAUGAAUAAUGCUUUGUUCAAAGGUUUCGUCGGGUUGUUCAUCACUUAUCUAAUAAUCGUCAGUCAGCUUAAUCAACAAUCUGAUGAAGAUUUUCGCGAAAAAUUUUAUAAUUUUUCCAAAGAAUUUAAUGAUUCUCGAGAAGAAUUUGAUGAAUACAAUUUAAACUCUAACAGUACACUUCAUUCAGAGGACAUUCCAUGGACGUCUUUAGGACGUACGACGUCGUGA